CUAGCCACGCCCAACAUCAUCGCCAUUUUUAAGGACAAACAAAAUAAUUUUGUUUUUUUGUGAUCAUCGUUUUUGUUUCUCUUAUUUCUUUUCAUCCUCAAAUUAAUCUUAUUCAAACCGUCAUUAUCCCCUAGAUAUUCAAUUAUUAUUAUGUCCACUUCAAGUGGCUCCAGUCAAGGUGGUAUUCCCGGUGCAACAACAGUAACAUCUUUAGCCCCUGGAACAAGUGUUGAUUCAACGGGCUCAAAUCCGGGUUUACUAGGAAUUACAUCAGUAACCGGAGCAACGCCAGGUCCUAGUGCUGGUUCUUCGGGUCACCAUGCAUCAACUGUCGGAGCAACUUUACAAGCACCAACAACAGCAGCAUUUAAAGAUAAGAUUGAUCCUUUCAUGAAAGGCUCAUUGAAACGAAAACAGAAAAAAUCUCAAGGCUCAUCACGGUACAGGCUGACAAGUGAUGUUGAAUUGCAGCAAUUACCAUCACUAGAAGAUGUACCAUCAUCUGAGGUUGAAGCGCUUUUCAUCAAAAAAGUGAGACAGUGCUGCGUUAUUUUUGACUUUAUGGACCCCGUUGCAGAUCUUAAAGGAAAAGAGAUUAAACGAGCUACGCUAAAUGAACUUGUUGAUUGUUUAAGUAGAGGUCGUUAUGUGGUUACAGAGGCUGUCUACCCUGAAAUUAUUAGAAUGAUUGCAUGCAACUUAUUCCGGACAUUACCGCCUAGUGAAAAUCCCGAUUUUGAUCCUGAGGAAGAUGAUCCAACGUUAGAGGCUUCUUGGCCACAUCUUCAGUUGGUUUAUGAAUUCUUUUUAAGAUUUUUAGAGUCACACGAUUUCCAGCCAAGCAUUGGCAAGAAAGUUAUCGAUCAAAAAUUUGUGUUACAGCUCUUGGAGCUGUUUGACAGUGAAGAUCCAAGAGAAAGAGACUUUUUGAAAACAGUUUUACACCGGAUAUACGGAAAAUUUUUAGGCCUUCGAGCCUUUAUUAGGAAACAAAUUAAUAACAUUUUCUUGCGGUUUAUUUAUGAAACCGAACACUUCAAUGGCAUAGGAGAAUUACUUGAAAUAUUAGGAAGUAUAAUUAAUGGUUUUGCUCUCCCAUUGAAGUUAGAACAUAAGCAAUUUUUGGUCAAAGUCUUGAUACCUUUACAUAAGCCCAAAUGUUUGGGUUUGUAUCAUCCUCAACUUGCUUACUGUGUUGUACAAUUCCUAGAGAAGGACGCAACUUUAACUGAAUCCGUGAUCAUGGGCCUGCUUAAAUAUUGGCCUAAAACAUGCAGCCAAAAAGAAGUUAUGUUUCUUGGAGAGAUUGAGGAAAUUCUUGAUGUAAUUGAACCUACUCAAUUCGACAAGAUCCAAGAACCGUUAUUUAAGCAGAUUGCCAAAUGUGUAUCAAGUCCACAUUUUCAGGUUGCGGAGCGGGCUCUCUACUUUUGGCAUAACGAAUACAUAUUAAGUCUAAUCGAGGAGAAUUCAAAUACAAUAAUGCCAAUCAUGUUUCCAGCAUUAUAUAAAAUAUCUAAGGAACAUUGGAACCAGACGAUCAUUGCACUUGUUUACAAUGUUUUGAAGACAUUUAUGGAAGUAAACUCUAAGUUAUUUGACGAAUUGACUGGAAGUUAUAGACAAGAAAGACAAAAAGAGAAGAGGAAAGAAAAAGAAAGAGACGAGUUAUGGAGGAAAUUAUCGGAAUUGGAAUUAGAUCAUAAGAGUGGACAAUUAGGAGACGGAAGACUUUAACCUCAUUAUUAUAAAUAUAUUGUAUGAAAGAAAAAAGAUGAUAGCUCACACUGGUGAUACCACUGGGCGAAUUGAGCUUGGCACAGUUUAUACCAUUCGAGACAAUACCAACAAGCGUCCAAUAACCUUUAAUGUUGAUCAUCAAGGGACCGCCGGAGUCACUUUCUCAUGCAUCCUACACACCAUCCCGGUAACCAUCACACAAAGUCGAUUGAGGAAUAACUAUUUUGUUGUAUCCAGCUUUCGAAUACGAUUCUUGCAAACACCAUGCUUAAUGAUUGGAACUGUCGUUGAUUGCAAUUUAGCGGGCAAUUUCCUAGUGUUUGGUUCUGUUUUAAGUGUGGAAGAAAAAAAACAAAUGUUGAUUUGAGCAGAAAGCCCACAGAGAGAAAGAUAAUGAUAAAGAUGAUAUAAAUAUAUAAAUAUAAAUAUAUAUAUAUAUAUAUAUAUAUAAAUACAAAAGCAAAAUACAAAAAAAAAUCAAAAAAUUUUAAGUUAGGGUUGCAUGUCCCAAUCAAAAUGAUUCAAACUACUCCACAUUGAGAAAGAAAAACUUAAAUUAACUAAAUUUAAUUGGUAACAUCAAACAUAAAAUCAAACUCAAAUCAAUUUUAAAAAAGUGUAUAAAUUAACUUACGUAGUUUAUCAAAACAGUUA